AAUCCUUUUCAGGAGUAUGGAGUCCAGGAAAUCAAUGGAUAUAUGAAUGCCUGUUUGAUCUAUGAUGUUUCGUUAUGCUUGAUCAGGCAACAGUAAAUAGAAGAUGUUAAUCUGAUCAAAUUCUAUUUGGAAGAUGAUGAAUGCAACAACUGUCCCCUUUUCUGCAGCAGCAACAUCAGAGGUGAGCGCCACAGAAACAAAAACUCAAAGGUCAGGUGACGUCAUAAAUGCAGUCUAUCCACCAAUUCUCAUCUUUGUUGGAGUCACGUGUAAUGUACUCAUCAUACUGGUCAUGCGCACAAAACAGUUUUGUAGACAAUCAACUUCCGUCUUCAUGACAACCAGUGCUGUUAAUGACGCUCUAAGUUUGGUGAUAUCCAUGACAACCCACUGGCUUUAUGUUAGUUUUGAUGGGAUUUACUAUCGAAAUGAUGUAAAAGGCAUCUGUAAGUUCCUGGAUUUUUACGGCUGGGGGAAUUGUGACUUUGGUAUUCUAAUCACCAGUAUGAUGACCGUAGAUAGGGCCUUAGCAAUGAAGUUUCCCUUAAGGUUUAAAACAAAAUCAAUCACGCGAGCAAGAAUUGUAGUGUUGGUGACGGUCAUGAUUGUUGUCGCCAAAGAAUUCCAUUUCCUGAUUGGAUCUAACAUGGUUCCAGAAUCUCGGAAAGAAAGGCUUUGUGAUGUUUUUCCAGAAACAGAGUCAUACAAAUUUUUCUGGAAGCAGGUUUGGCCUUGGCUGCAUCUUGUAUAUCUGUCUGUGUGUUUCAUCAUCAUCAUUGGGAGUAACUCCGUUCUAUUACUUCAGAUACUGAAAUCGUCAAAUUUUCAGAAAAUAUUCAAGAAAACUAGCAAAAAUUCCAAAUUGCUUGAUCAAAACAAAUUCAAUUACAGUACUCGGAUGAGAAAACAAUUGCAUACCAUAGCACCUAUGUUGAUUGGAGAGUCCUUAGUGCUGUUAUUGUUAACUUUCCCUUUCUCUGUACAAUUAUCAAUAUCAGGGUACAAUCCGGAAUUUUACAGUUCUCCAGAUAUGAGUCUAUUAUUCUCUGUGACGUUUUACAUGCUUUACACCAAUAAAUGUGUUACAUUUUUUGUUUACCUGGUGACUGGCGGUAAAUUUAGAAAAUCACUGAAGCAGAUAUUCAGAAGAUGGUUUAAAGGAAAGAACAGCGUGAGGAAGAGUCAGUUUAACAAUUUUUCUAAGUGGUAUUCAAUAAAAGGAGAUUUACAGACAAAGAAGCCCAUCUGUAGGACCCCGAGCAGCGAGGUCUGGAACACGGGGAGCUCAUUUUCAUCGGACAUUCAGACAGAGACAAGCUAUGUUGUGUCCACACAUCUGUAAACGACUCAUCAGCAGCAGCCAUUCAAACAGAAAAAGCUUUGUUGUGUCCACAUAUCUGUAAAUGAACAAAAAUUGGAAUGUUUGUUCAACUUUUGUUUAUUCGUUUUCUGUGAUUUUCAUUUUAUUUA